AAGCUUCCUGUAGCCGAUAGCAAGUGCGAUGCUACGGAUACGGCUUGUCGGUGUAGCGAUUCGGACGUCAUGAAAGAGGUCGUCGGGUGUUUCUUGUCGGAAUGUUCGGACGCGGAGAGGACCAAAGUCAAUACCGACUUCGUCUCCUACUGUUUAUCGAUAACCAACCCUCCCAUCCCCUCGUCCGUCUCUCAACUCGCCCUUAGCACGGCGACGACCUCCGCACCUAAAGCCGCUGGAGCCGACCCUAUCCAAACGUACACCAGCCUCCAAGAUCAAGCGAACCCUAGCGAGACGUCGAGCGCGAACGCUGCGAACGCUGCCAAGGGGAUGGUCAUGUCGCCUAGGAACGUGGACAUCUCGAGGACGGCGGUCGUGGCUACCGUCGCACUGGCGGCACUGGUGAUGAGCGUCGGGUUGAUGGGGUCUUGCAUGUAG